AUCCCAAAUGAAAACUGUCUUCAACUCAAUUGUCCUCGUGGCCCUGGCCACCAUGGUCCAAGCGGAUUUUUCGGAAAAAUUCCGUGACCACUUUUCUAAUCUACCGGAAUUGCUGAAAGACUUGUCUAGAAAAAGUCAACUUGGGCCUGCUGGAAGUUUUGGAGGCGGAAAUCAUGUUGGAGGAGCUGUGACAAAAAAAAUCCCUAUCAUCAUCGUACACGGCGGAGGCAACAGUGCUGGCUCAUUUGAAAAGUACAGAGAUCACUUCAUAAAACAAGGAUAUAGUAAUGAAACCGUCUACGCAACAUCAUGGGGUUUUCCAACAGAAACUAUUCAACAAAGUCUUGAGAUGAAGUGUGAAUAUGUGAAACGAAUCAGAAAACUUUUUUUCUUAGUUGCAAGUUUUACGGGGGGUAAGGUUGAUAUUGUGGCGUAUGGAGAAGGGGCCCCAAUUGCAAGAAAAGCUGUGAUUGGAAGAAACUGUGUGGAUACAAAUCAAGAUACGGGAAAUUCACUGAGAAAUGAAGUCAGAGCAUUUGUUUCUGUUAGAGGACAAAACGGAGGUAUUCUGUGCGACCCGUCAGGUGAUAAACGUGCAACAUGUCUAAACAUGGACAUCGGGCUCAACUGUGGAUCCAAGUUUAUAAAAGACAUAAAUGCCAUUGGAAAGCAUUGGAAAGAAGCUGUUCACUCCAUUCACUCCAUUGUCCCGCUUCUCCCCCAAAAAACCAACUGCGGCUCAGAUUCCUGCGGUAUUCCAUACUCGAAAGUUUACGAGUAUGAUUUCAAUGGUGUUGAACAGAAUGUCAACCGCGUUGUGGAGAUUCUCAAGAAAUUAUGACCGCCUGAUUUUCAUAUUUUGACCUAAUAAAUAUUAAGCAUAAAAU